AUGGAUGCCGACCAGUUUCAACAGUUUAUGGCGAAACAAAAUGAGCUGGUGACGAAGCUGGUUGCUGGCCUACAACAGCGUGCUGUGCCGGCGUCGAACAUCAGUUCCGUGGUUCCGCCACCACCGGCUCUCUGUCUUGACGGAGACAUGGAGGAGAACUACGAGUUUUUCCUAACCAACUGGAGAAACUACUCACAAGCCGUGGGCAUGGACAGUUGGCCGGCGAAUCAGGCCUCAAAAAAGUAUUACAACUUCGACCUGACAGAGGAUCAAAAGAAAGACGUCGCCGAGGCCCUGAAGGCUAUCAAGCAGAAGGUCGUGCGCAGCCGUAACUUGUUCGUGGACCGAUUGGAUUUUUUCGCGGCGAGUCAAGUGUCCAGCGAAUCCAUCGAUGACUUUGCAGCCCGGCUGAAAAGUUUGGCGAAACCGUGCAAAUUUGCACUCUUGGAGGACGAGUUUAUCUUGUUCAAAAUAGUGACCAGCAACAAGUGGGGCCACCUGCGGACCAAAAUGUUGAGCAUGCAGGAUCUCACAACGGGAAAAGCAGUGGAUAUCUGCCGCGUGGAAGAGAUUGCAGAGCAACGUUUGCGGCACCUUUCCUUGGAGUCGCCGGUGGUCAGUGAUGUGAAGAAGAUUAACAAGAAGACCAAGAAGAAGCUGCAGCGGUCAUACGGCAAGAAAUGCAAGCGUUGCGGCGGCCGCAACCACUUUGAGAAGGCGUGUAAAAUCGAUCAACCCUGGAAGCAGAAGCGACGCCACCGUCGUGUCAAGGAGGUGAAGGACGACGAGAGCAGUUCCGAGGAACGCUCUGAAUCCAGCAGUGUGGACAGCGACGACGAAGAAAGUGAGCACGAAGUGCAGAUUGCCAAAAUCAAGUCCAAGUCAGCUGUGGAGAGUAGUGCUUUGGCGGUUCUGGAUUUCAGGCUAGGCCGGAAGUGGAAACCAGUUACGUGCGAGAUCGACACGGGUGCGGAUGCCACAUUGAUCGGGUAUAACUGUUUGACUGAGCUUCUUGAAACUCCGAACCCGACACUGCAACCAACAAGCAUCAAGCUGAAGUCUUUCGGUGGCAACCCGAUACCAGUGUUGGGACAGGUUAUGCUACCUGUAAAACGAAAAGGCAAGCGGUUCCAGCUCGUCCUGCAAGUCGUUGACUAUGACCACCGCCCGCUCUUGUCGCUUAAGGCUUCACAGUCACUGGGAUUUGUGAAGUUCUGCCGAUCGGUGAAGAUACGCCGACCAGAAGCAGCCACAGAAGAGGAGAAGCUGCUCAGUGUCUACAAGGUGAAAGCCGAAGCAAUUGUCGAGAAACACAGUGACAUCUUCGCUGGCUACGGCCGGUUUCCCGGAGUGGUUUCCCUGGAAGUGGACGAAAGUGUGCAGCCAUCUAUUCAGCAUCCUCGUCGGGUCCCAAUCGCUUUGCGCCCGAAACUGAAGCAGGAGUUGGACAAACUGGAAGAGGACGGCAUUAUAGUGAAGGAAACGCGACACACCGAGUGGGUUAGCAACAUUGUGUUAGUCCGCCGUGGCGGCCAGAACGAGUCCGUUCGGAUUUGUCUCGAUCCUGUCCCGCUCAACAAAGCGCUGAAGCGGCCCAAUUUGCAGUUUGACACGAUUGACGAGUUGCUUCCCGAGUUGGGCAACGCCAAGAUUUUCACAACUGUGGACACGAAAAAAGGAUUUUGGCACGUGGAACUGGACACCCCCAGCAGCAAGUUGACCACCUUCUGGACACCAUUCGGUCGAUACCGCUGGGUCAGGAUGCCGUUUGGUAUUUCUCCAGCACCUGAACUGUUCCAGCUGAAGCUGCAAGGUGCGAUACAAGGACUGGAAGGAGUGACCGGGUUAGCGGAUGACUUGCUGGUGUACGGCACCGGAGCGGAUCUGGAGGAAGCUUUGUACAACCACAAUCGGGCUCUAGAACAACUGUUGGUGCGGCUCAAAGAGAACAACGUGAAACUCAACCGGUCCAAGCUCAAGUUGUGUCAGACAUCGGUGAAGUUCUUUGGACACGUGCUGACAACGAAGGGACUAACAGCAGACGAGACCAAGACAGCCGCAAUCCGCAACUUUCCCACACCAACCAACAAGAAGGAGCUCCUGCGAUUUGUCGGCAUGGUCAACUAUUUGAGCCGGUACAUCCGGAACCUAAGCGCUCAUUUUGUCAACCUGCGGAAACUGAUCGCCGAAAAGGAAAGCUGGCGCUGGACUGCUGCUGAGGACGAGGAGUUCCAGAAAGUGAAAAAUCUCGUAGCCGACAUCCACACGCUGCGCUACUACGACGUGACCAAGCCCCUGGUAAUCGAGUGUGACGCGAGUGGUUUCGGUCUGGGCGUUGCAGUGUUUCAACAAGACGGUGUGAUCGGUUACGCGUCCAGAACCCUCACUGCGACGGAGAAGAACUAUGCCCAGAUAGAGAAGGAGCUGUUGGCGAUCUUGUUUGCCUGCCUCAGAUUCGAUCAACUAAUUGUUGGCAACCCGAAGACCGUUAUCAAAACCGACCACAAACCGCUGGUGAACAUCUUCCGGAAGCCGUUGUUGUCGGCCCCUCGACGCUUGCAACAUAUGCUGUUGAACCUGCAACGAUACAAGCCGGAGAUUAUGUUCGUGGCCGGCAAAGAAAACGUCGUCGCUGAUGCCAUUUCGCGAGCCCCUUACGACGACGAUCACGCUCAAGCUGGAGAUUACCAGAAGCUGGAGAUAUUCAAGGUGAUGCGCGACCUGGAAGACGUUAAGCUGAAGCACUUCUUGAACAUCUCAGAUGAUCGUCUGACGGAGAUCAUGGCGGAGACGGCGGCGGAUCCAGUGUUGCAGCUGGUGAUCCGGUUGAUUGGUGAAGGUUGGCCAGAGACCAUCGGUGGUGUACCGGACAGCGUCCGCGUUUUCUUCAGCUACAGAAACGAACUUACCACCCAGGAUGGAUUAGUGUUCCGUAACGACAGAAUACUGAUUCCCCACAAGCUGCGGCGCAAAAUGAUCGAGAAGACUCACAUCAGCCACAAUGGUGUUGAGGCGACCUUGAAGCUGGCACGUGCGAAUAUUUUUUGGCCUGGGAUGAGCGCACAAAUUCGAGACACAGUCAAGGAGUGUGCCGUCUGCGCCAAAUUCGCCGGUUCGCAGUCCAAGCCCCCGAUGCAGAGUCACCCGGUUCCAGUUCACCCAUUUCAACUGGUGUCGCUUGAUGUGUUCUUCGCUGAGUACCGAGGUAUUAAGCGGAAGUUUUUGGUGACGGUUGAUCACUAUUCCGAUCUGUUCGAGAUUGAUCUGCUGAAGGAUCUCACUCCACAAUCCGCCAUCGCGGCUUGCAAGAUCAACUUCGCGCGGCAUGGCGUUCCCCAGCUCUUGCUGACAGAUAACGGAACGCACUUCGUGGGAAAAGAGUGGCGACAAUUUGCGGGAGAAUGGGACUUCAGUCACACCACUUCAGCGCCACACCAUCAACAAGCGAAUGGCAAAUCGGAGGCAGCGGUUAAAAUCGCUAAACAGUUGAUCAAGAAGUGUGAAGAAUCCGGCACGGAUUUUGUGGUCGAGGGAGUUCCGGAUGCUAUCAAGGAAAACAGGAGGAAGAUAAAGUAUUAUUACGAUAGAAAGUGUCGUAAUCUGCCGCAGCUGGAAACCGGUGCACCAGUGUACGUCCAAGUCCAUCCACAGAAGUCUACGGUGUGGUCACCCGGAACAGUCGCCGCCAAGCAAACUGACCGAUCGUAUCUCGUGGAUGUGGACGGGGCAUUCUAUCGACGGGAUUUGGUUAACCUAAAGUCACGCAAAGAACCGAACACGCAGCCUGCCGUCAACCAUCCCGUUCUACAGGACAAUCCGUUGCCGUCUGGUCCGAAACCAGAUGUAGCAGUGGCCGAGAAACCAGCGGAGUUUCCGUGGACCGAUUCACCGAGCACCCCGAUCACCAAAUCUUCGAAGCCGAACAAACGAUUGUCUUCGCUGUCAUCGACACCGCAGCCGAAGGAAAAAGCAUCGCCUACCGAGACGUGUGUGUGGUGUGUACGGGCCCGGUGGUUGAACUGCUGCACCCUGCUUGCAAGCAGCGGUCUCGAUCGCCGGCGCUGCUUCCUCGAUCCGGCGCAGUGUCCUUGUCCCUCGGGGACACGUGGUUUCUCGCGCCGGAGUACAGUUGUCCGAAUUUCCUCGUGGUCUUCUCAACCGCUCUGCUCCAACUCGUUCGUCUGCGCACAGUUCCCGUCCGGAAUCUGGGUCGCUCGUGGACCUGCUUCGCUUCGACCGGGUACACCUUCGGUCCGGUUCGUGCAGGUGGUGACGGCUGCACAGGCUGUCCAAGCCUCGGUGAUCAAGAUGACGAUAGAUCUCUUACAAGACUCGUACGGAGAAUCGAUUGCCAACUAG